CUUACUUUAAUUGUGUAGAGCCUCGGCCCAAUACAAACUGCACCCUUGCACCUCACUCUCAUAUUUCCCGGUUGGGUACUUAUAUUCAUCGACACAUAUUCAAGUCCUCCCCAAUUCCCCGCUGAAUACUUGGGAGGUUGUUCUCGAUUCGUCAAUGGCUUCUUCCACAUGGAUCAAGCUACACUUAAUGCUAUCAUUACUCACUCUCUCUCUACCAAUUUAUGCACAUGGGAGUGGUUCAAUCUUGUUCAUAGAUAGCCCCAAGCAUCCAUAUUUGAGAAGAGAUUCUUUGGAUAACGAGGGCCAGAUUUCCAAGUGGAUUAUUGAUAGGCACUUUGCUUUGUGGAUUACUCAUGGGAUUUUGUUGCAGACCAAUCUCAUGACAUCUUCUGAUGUUGCUGCUGCUAUAUCAAUAUCACUUGGUUAUGCGCCAUCCCUGUCCCUUGAAUCCUUCUCAACUUCCAAGGUGGAUGAGAUCCUGCUGCCCAACCCAUUUGAUAGGCCACGUGCUGUUUUUGCCCUCGAAGUCAGAGGAACUGAAGAUUUGUCACCACUGAUUGAUUCCAUAAAAGCCCAAACUGGUAUUUUUUACCACAGCAGGACCUCCUCUGAGCUUAGUGAUGCUAAAAUUGAACUCCCGGAUGAUGAAGUGAUUGUAGUGUCAUUGGAUGAUCAAGACAUGGAAUGUGAUGCAGCUUGUGUUGAGCAGAGAUUAUACAGUCUUGCAGAUUUAGUUGGGGGAUCAUAUCAUGGAACUCAUGAACCAUUGAAAGGGAGGCUGAUUAUUCCUUUGGCUAACGAUGCCUCCCUGACCCUUCAUAUGUCAGAGAAGGCUGAACAGGCAUUUGUGAUGGAUCUAAUUUCUCUUGUCCAGAAUGUAAAAAGAGCAGGAGAGAUUCAUUUCGAUUUUUCCCACAACACGAUCUAUCCUGCAGAAUUACUACUGGGCUGUUUUACUGGCAUUGAGGCUCUGCAACAGCACUAUGGUCAAGGAAUUAUAACUAAGCAAGCAAUGGAGGUGUUGCAUAUUGUGUUUUCCAAGUUAUUUGAUUCACUACAAUCAUCUUUUCAAGGGCAUAUUAUAGCAACACUCAUUAUCCAUGAGAAGCGCGAUCCUGCAUCUAAACCAAUAUUGGGGUUGAAGUCCUCCUUUCAAGAUCGAAGGUGGUUGGAGGAGGCUGCUCCAACAAAUGUGACUGCAAUAGCAGAGGUGCUAUUGGUUCGGAGUAGUCUAGCUUGGAUAACAGGAGUUAUUCUCGUCAUAUCAACUCUCAUUGGGCUUUACUUCAUGUUCAACAUGCCUAUUACAAGGGACACCCUUCUUUACUCCAACGUUAAGCUAGACUGAAUGGCUUCUCUCAAUUCUUCGGAAUUUUAAGGUAUCGGUUCCCAUGCUCUCACGGGUGAUCGCUUCUGCUGUCGUGUUUUAUAUUACGUAAAAGCAUAUUCAUUCUAGAUGGGGAGGCUGUAAAUUUAGGGUUUCAUAUUUUUGUAUUUUAAUAAGUAUUGUUUCCUUGGAAUGGUGAUGUUUCUCAGGAUUCAUGAGAAUCUAUGUACUUGGAUGUAAUUUUUUGGCAAAACAGAGUUACCCCCCUUUGUUUCUCUGAUCAA